UGACUGCGCUGUGGUUGUGUUGUUGGUAAGAUGGCGGCGGCUGGAGGCGGCCCUGUACAGGGAGUACACGUGGGGAGGAAAAAGGCCCCCAAGCGCUACUGGGACUCGCAGGCUGAGGCUGGGAGCAAGGGAGCGGGCGAAGGUCAGGUGGCUGAGCGAGCGAAUCAGAGAGCUGAGAAAACGAGGAGGAAGAAGAGCGAGGGGAGAGGAAAGAAGCUGAUCUCUGGGAAAGUGGACCCUUUCCCUGGCCCUGCUCCAGUUCCUAAAGAGAGGAGGCAGAAGUUUGAACGAGGGCAGAAGAAUGAAGUGCGCUCUCUCUCCAAGGGCAGGUUGAAGGAUCAUCUCUCUAAGACGGAGGAGAAGAUUGACCUGGCGCUGAACCAGGCGGCUCGAUCCGACCUGCUGCUAGCGGAGGAGGCUGGGUUCCUGGUGGGGGAGGAAGGGGAGGAUACAUGCACUAUUGCACAGGAUGACAUCGCUGAGGCCGUCGACAUUACUGCCGGGGCUAAGUACUUCAAUCUGUCUCUCAGUCAGUUUGGGCCAUACAGGAUAGACUACACCCGGAACGGCAGGCACUUGCUCCUGGGAGGUCGUCUGGGUCAUGUUGCCUCUCUAGACUGGCAGAGCAAACAGCUGCAGAGCGAGAUGAACGUGAUGGAGAGUGUGAACGACGUGAGGUGGCUGCACUCAGAGAACAUGUUUGCUGUGGCUCAGAGGAAGUGGCUGUAUAUCUAUGACAACCAGGGGGUUGAGCUUCACUGUGUGAAGAAGUUCAAUGACGUGCUGCGCAUGGAGUUCCUGCCCUACCACUUUCUGCUCGCCACCGCGAGCUCCUUGGGGUUCCUACAGUAUCUCGACGUCUCGGUCGGUCGGGAGGUCAGUGUGAUCUGCACGAAGAAUGGCCGGCUGGACGUGAUGACACAGAAUCAGAGCAACGCCGUGGUGCACCUGGGACACCCCACAGGCACGGUGACUCUCUGGUCCCCCAAUCAGAAGGAGCCGCUGGUGAAGAUGCUAUGCCACCGAGGCGGCGUGAGAGCGAUCGCCGUGGACAAGACGGGCACGUACAUGGUGACGGCAGGGCUGGACAGGAAGCUGAAGGUGUUCGAUAUCCGCUCCUUCAAGCCACUUGCCUCAUACCUGCUUCCUGCCGGAGCAACCAGCCUGAGCAUGAGUCAGAGAGGACUGCUGGCAGCAUGCUGUGGAGACACUGUGCAGGUUUAUAAGGAUGUGUGUUCAACGCCUGUGUCCCGGCCUUACAUGGCUCACCGCGCUCCAGGCAGGGUAUGGGCCGCGCAGUUCUGUCCCUAUGAGGAUGUGCUGGGAAUUGGACAUGGAGACGGCUUCACCAGUAUGCUGGUGCCAGGGGCGGGCGAGGCUAACUUCGACGCUCUGGACUCAAACCCAUUCCGCAGUGUGAAGCAGAGGCAGGAGUGGGAGGUGAAGGCGCUGCUGGAGAAGAUCCAGCCCGAACUCAUCACCCUGCAGCCCAGCAAACUGGGAGAACUAGACACGGCCAGCUACCAACAGAGACACAAGGAGAGAGUGGAGAGACUGGGGUUCGACCCUCACGAGAAAGAGAAGUUUGAACCCAAACUGAAGAUGAAAGGUCGGAGUUCAACCGGGAACGUCCAGCGGAGGAAGAAGAUGAUCAGGAAUGAGGAUCAGAGAGAGUUGAUCAAGCAGAGUCUGGAAAUGAAGGACCGUGCUGACAAGGAAAGGAAGAAAGAGGAGAAGAUGACCAACCUGGGUCAGAGGUCUGCGCUGGAUCGCUUCCAGAAAUAACGAGAGAGGAAGAGAGAGGACUGUGCAGUUCAGCAUUUUGUAUAAUGUUUUUUUUUUUUUUUUUUUCUUAUAACACUUUGUAAAGUUAUUAUAUUGUUGCGAAAAAAAUCAGUUGAAAAACUGAAAAAAAAUAAAUCUGUCAACAGCCCAUGGACUUUCAAGGUCUCUGGAAUUAUAUCAACUUUCGUGAGAAUAAAACACUGCCCUUUGAA